AUGUCACUAUAAAUUUAUAAUAAUUAAGACAUGUUGGAAAAUGAUUAAAAGAUGGAAUCACUUGGUGCAACUUUCAGUCAUUGUAUUUUUGACAUUCAUCCAUUUCAUUCUGGGAACUAGUAAUUAUAGUACACAUACAUGGAACAUAAAGAUAAAAUAUUAUGACGAUAACCAUUCACACAAGAAGCAUUUUGAUGAACUUGCGAAUGGCAUUGCUGACGAACUCGGCGUAUUUAAUAAGGGACAGAUCGGAGAGUUGACAGGCUUUUAUCUUUUUGAAUCAGAUACGAAUAAUCAUGACCAUUUAUUGAAGCUUUUUGAUAACCAUAAACACAUAGAGUGGCAUAGUAAAGAAGUUGAUUUGAAGCGAACGAAACGUUCGCAUAUUAAUGUGCCAAAUUUAUUGCACUUUAAUGAUCCAUUGUAUAAUGAACAAUGGCAUUUACAAAAUCUUAUUGGAUAUGACUGUAAUGUUACUGGAGUCUGGGCUCGUAACAUCACUGGAAAAGGGAUUGUCGUGGCUGUAGUAGAUGAUGGCGUGGAAUGGCGACAUCCAGAUUUAAAAGACAAUUACUGUAAAGAAGGAAGUUUUGAUUUAAAUUCUAACGACGAUGAUCCCUCGCCUGUUUAUGAUGAAGAAGAAGAAAAUAAACACGGUACAAGGUGUGCGGGUGAAAUUGCUGCAGUUCCAAAUUCAGUUUGUGGUGUUGGAAUUGCAUUCGGUUCAAAAUUUAGCGGAAUCAGGGUUCUGGAUGGUACAACUACAGAUUCGUCAGAGGCAACUGCUUUUAACAAACAUAUGGAUGUAAAUGAUAUUUACAGUUGUUCAUGGGGCCCGGAAGAUGAUGGCAAAACUGUUGAUGGUCCUCAUGAUUUGGGUCGUAUGGCACUACAACAUGGAGUUGUCGCAGGAAGGGAUGGAUUUGGUUCAAUAUUUGUCGUGGCAAGCGGCAAUGGUGGUCUUAAGGGAGACAACUGUAAUUAUGAUGGAUAUGCAAGCUCAAUUUAUACAAUUACAAUCGGUGCUAUUGAUGAAAUGGGCAAUAAACCAUCAUAUGCGGAAGAGUGUGCUUCUAUGCUAGCUUGUUCUGUCAGCUCUGGUUCUGGUUUAUUAAUAAGAGACAUUGUAACAACAGACUGGUCACUUCCACCUGGUAAUUCAGAUGAUCAAUGUACGCAUAGUCAUACUGGAACAUCUGCAGCUACGCCAUUAGCAGCUGGAAUGGUUGCACUGAUGUUGGAAGCAAGACCUUGUCUUACUUGGAGAGAUAUACAACAUAUUAUGGUAAUGACUGCUGUUGAAGUUGACCAUGCAACCGCAUGGACUCAAAAUAAAGCUGGAUUUCGACAUAGUAAUAUCCACGGCUUUGGUCUUCUAGAUGCGUGGCGUUUAGUAAAUGCCGCCAAAGUGUGGAAAUCUGUGCCAUGGUUUACGUCGCUUACUGCCGAUACGAGCCAUGAUAAAAAUUUAGCUAUUUCUAUGGAUAGACAUGAAUCCUUGAUUUUGCACACUGAAGUUACAACUGAGAACUGUAAAAAUAAUAUGUUAUCAACAUUAGAGUAUAUUUUAUUCACUGUCACUGUAACCCACCAUACCAGAGGGAACCUGAAGUUUAUUUUGCUUUGUCCAUCAGGAACUAGAUCGGAGGUUCCAACUCGACGGUCCGAUACAUCAGAUAAGGGACUCACCGAUUGGAGUUUUUCAACAGUAAAAUGCUGGGGCGAAAAUCCAGCUGGGAAAUAUACAUUGAAAGUCAUAGACACAAGUAGGAAAUUACCACAAGGGGAAAGUUUGGGGGUCUUAAAAAGCUGGAAAUUAACUUUGUACGGAUCAAGUUGGACUGCAGAUGAAAUGAAAAAACGAAAAACAUAUAUUGAAUCUGUUAUGGAUGGUAGUUAUCUUGAUAAUUUCAGUCUUCCUUGCCCUCCUGGUACACCUUUAGAAUUCGAUGUCACAUCCGCACUUUCUGAUCGCACCAUUAAACUUGUAACAAUGAUAUCUUGCUUUUUAUUGUUUUGGGGAGUAUAUUACACAAUUGAAAUGGCAUUUUGUAAUGCAGAAGACAAAGAGGAGAAAGAAAAUGAUAUUGAAAAUGAUCAAACUGAUGCUGAGCGGAUUGAAACACCUCAAAAUGGAUAUGGUACAUCUACCGAGAGUGUGCAACUUUUUCCUAAUUCUACCUUCAUAGGUACAAAUGAAGAUGUAGCAAUGCUUGAUAUCGAAGAAGAUACUCAAAUAAAUAACGGCGAUCCUGGUACACAAAAAGAAGCUGAAUUGAAUGCUGCAAUGACCAUUUCUAAUACUGAUUCAUUUCUUUCUGCUGAAUUAGAAGUCAAUUCACAAAUUAAUGAUGAAAAUAUUGUAAUUGACAAUUCAAUUGAAGAUGUUACGUAGUACUUUUAAAAAAAAAAUGAUUGUGAAAUUAACACUUCAUCUACUCCUAACACUGAAUCAUUCUUUUCUGGCGAAUGGGACAGAAGCAUGUUAACAAUUUAUUACUACAAUUUGAUUUUUAACAAAGAUGUUGCAUGAGUUGAUGAUAUUGUUUGCAGCAAGAGUUUUUAUAACCCGAACGUCCCGAAGUAUAACAAAUGUCAGUAUUUUGUAUGGAAAAGAAACAUACUGCGCCGAAAAUUUGUUAUUAGUCUAGUCUGUUAUUAACAGCCGACAUAUCCAAUAUGCUGCAAUUAGAUUAGAAGAUGAUCGUUUGGUAUUAUUUUUCGCAUGCGUAAGAUAUAUUUAUAUAUGAAUAGUUUUGCACUUAUGGUUGAAUCUUUUUAAUUUUUUUAUGUGAAGCUUGUUCACACCAAACAGCCACUAUAUAUUUAAAAAGACCAGUCUUUCUUGUUCGGUAUUGCCUACCCAAUUUAUUACACUACACAUUGUGUGAGGUGGGGAUAUGGCAUUUGUAGCAUGCAAUACCAGCACAGUCAAGAAUGCAUUUUAUUGCCCUAAUACAUUUCUGAGCCCUGUGCUACAUCACUGUUGAAAGUUUGUUUGCUGUGGUAGAGACACCAUUCUUGUGCCAAAUUGCACACUUUUGUGCUGUGACGCAAAUUACUUAUGUAAAACUGCCCCUCUUAUUAUUUGAUUUUAUCCUGGUGCAAUUGUAUCUACUUAAUGCAAUAAACAAAUCAUGUUAUAUACCAA